GCCAUUCAAUUGAGAAAUGUACAUUUGCAGGCACAGAAAAGAUUGGUCUGAUGUUGAACCAGUACCUCAAAAUGACGGGCCAAAUCCUGUGGUUCAGAUCAUCUAUAGUGAAAAAUUCAGAGAUGUCUAUGAUUACUUUCGGGCUGUUCUGCAGCGGGAUGAAAGGAGCGAAAGAGCUUUUCAGCUAACAGGAGAUGCCAUUGAACUAAAUGCUGCAAAUUACACCGUGUGGCAUUUCCGUAGAGUUCUCCUGCAGUCAUUAGGAAAGGACCUGCAUGAGGAAAUCAGCUACAUUACAGCUAUCAUUGAAGACCAGCCAAAGAAUUAUCAAGUCUGGCACCACAGACGGGUGUUGGUAGAAUGGCUGAAGGAUCCAUCUCAAGAGCUUGAGUUUAUAGCUGAAAUUCUUAACCAAGAUGCCAAGAAUUACCAUGCUUGGCAACACAGACAGUGGGUUAUUCAGGAGUUCAAGUUGUGGGAUAAUGAACUGGAGUAUGUUGACCAGCUUCUGAAAGACGAUGUGAGAAACAACUCUGUCUGGAACCAAAGAUACUUUGUAAUUUCCAACACCACGGGCUACAACGAUCCUGCUGUUCUAGAGCGAGAAGUCCAGUACACUCUAGAAAUGAUCAAAAUGGUGCCGCAUAACGAAAGUGCUUGGAACUACCUAAAAGGAAUUCUGCAGGAUCAUGGUCUUUCCAAAUAUCAAAAUCUAUUAGAGCAACUGCUGGAUUUACAGCCAAGCCACAGUUCUCCCUACCUGAUUGCCUUCCUUGUGGAUAUAUAUGAAGACAUGCUAGAAAACCAGUGUGACAACAAGGAAGAAACACUAAACAAAGCAUUAGAGUUAUGUGAAAUUCUGGCUAACGAAAAAGACACAAUACGAAAGGAAUAUUGGAGGUAUAUUGGGAGGUCCCUUCAGAAGGAGCACGGCACUGAACCAAGCUUGCAUACAGAUAAGCAGCAAUAACUGCAUGUGGAAGAAGAUGGUGUGUCAAGCUCUAAGAUGCUUGUAAAGAAACUCCCAACUGCGGGGAGGGGACACAAGCCAGUAUAAACUUAGAUAUACUGUUCCCCUCUGCCUGAGUAUGAUGUAACAGUGUGCACUGCACAGGUAUUACUCUUAACAGGAACUGAGUUUGGAGUGUUCAGUAUAACACAAUCCCCUUUGGUCACUGCUGCUACUGACAAUAGCUAUAGGUAAAUCAAAAUUAAUUUGACUUGAAAUAUGCCAAAUAAAGGACUUAUUUCUUAAUAGAAAAUACAUAAUGCUCUCUCACGUUUUAGCCGAAUCCACUCUAGCCCCCCUUCCUAAUACAGAUUACCUGCAAUGAAUUAAGUCCUGUAUGUAAUGGUUAUAAAGCUGCUUAAUUUUAGUUACUUUAAGCAGAGGAAGGCAAUUGUUGCUAUAGGACAGAACAGCUCUGCAACAGCAACAAAAUUAUGCUAUGAUUGUACCCAACUAAUGCCAACAACCUGGUUUUAUAAUAAAAGUGUAGAUAUAUUUCAAGUA